AGGGAGGCUGGUGUCCGGUAUCCACUCCUCUAUGUCCCCUCUCCUCCACACAUCUGUGCAGUUGCCUCCCAGGGCUCCCCUGCUCUCAACGGAAUAUGAUUCCCUCAGUCUAUGAAUAAAUUUGGACUUUAUUAAAAAAAUGCUGCGAGUCAUUGUUGAAUCCGCCUGUGGGAUACCUAAAAAGAAACUUGGAAACCCAGAUCCUAUUGCUGCUGUUGUCUUUAGAGGUGAGAAGAAGAAAACCAAAGCAGUUGAUAAUGAAUUGAAUCCUGUUUGGAAUGAAGUGCUUGAGUUUGAUCUAAAAGGCUCUGCGUUGGAUGCGUCUUCAUUCAUCAACGUGGUUGUUAAAGACUAUGAAACAAUCGGCAAAGACAAAUUAAUUGGAUCGACAAGAAUCUCUCUGAGAGACUUGGCCAGUGGUCAAGUGAAGUCCCUCCCAUCCAAGAAUGUGCCUUUGAUCAAUGACAAACAACAGGCUAUUGGGGCUGCCAUAAAUUUGCUCAUUGGGUACGAGCCACCCGCCAACACAGUUCCAAAUCUCAAUGAUCAACCUGAUGGAGACAUGUCUCAUAUGGAUGCUGGGGGCACGGAUGAGGGCGACGAGGGGGAGGCAGAUGCAGAGGGUGGAUUUCAGGGCGAAGGUCCAGGAGCCCCAACUUCCCCAAACCAGCCUGGGAAACCACCAGGGAACAAACUGGUCCGUAUUGGCCGUAAGAAGAAUAGAGCCUUGGCCAACAAGCCUCAGGAUUUCCAGAUCCGUAUCAGGGUCAUCGAGGCCCGACAGUUGCCUGGCAACAACAUCAAGCCAGUGGUAAAGGUGAAUGUGUGUGGACAGACCCACAGGACAAGGAUUAGAAGAGGAAACAACCCGUUCUUCGACGAGAUGUUUUUCUACAAUGUCAACUUGCUCCCCUCAGAACUGUUUGAUGAGAGCAUCAGUCUGCGAGUUUAUGACUCCUUCUCCCUCAGAUCUGACAGUCUAGUGGGAGAGUUCAAGCUGGAUGUUGGCUUCAUUUAUGAUGAACCAGGUCAUGCCAUAAUGAGAAAAUGGCUCCUCCUGAGUGACACUGACUCCGACUCUGGGGCCAGAGGCUACCUGAAAGUCAGCAUAAUAGUUGUGGGCACUGGAGAUGAGCCUCCGACUGAGCGGAGAGAGUUAAGUGAUGAGCAUGACGACAUUGAAAGCAAUCUUUUGUUGCCAGCUGGUGUCACGAUGAGAGGGGCCAUACUCACCCUCAAAGUCUAUCGUGCCGAGGACAUGCCACAGAUGGACGAUGCUUUUAUUCAGACAGUGAAACAUGCCUUUGGAGGGGAGAGAGAUAGGAAAAACUUGGUGGAUCCAUACUUAGAAGUCAGCUUUGCUGGCAAAAAGCUCUGCACAAAAAUAAUUGAGAAAAAUGCCAAUCCAGAGUGGAAUCAACUCAUCCAUCUUCAGGUCAAGUUCCCAUCCAUGUGUGAACACAUAAAGUUAACUCUGUAUGACUGGGAUCGUCUAACCAGAGAUGAUGCCAUUGGAACAACAUUUUUAAAUCUGAGCACGAUGUCUUCCUCUGGUGGAGAGAUUGAAGAUACUCGGGCUGAAAACAACGCAGUGUCUGAUCUGAGCACAGCAGCGUCCGAGAUCGGAUUUCUCCCGGCUUUUGGACCUUGUUAUGUCAAUCUGUACGGUAGUCCAAGAGAAUUUACCGGCCUGCCCGACCCAUACGAGGAGCUCAACUUUGGGAAGGGUGAGGGGGUGGCCUACAGGGGGAGGGUCCUCGUUGAGCUGUCUACUCAGCUUGAUGGAAAGGUUGAUAAGAGCCUGGAUGACAUCUCCAAUGAUGACAUCCUGGUGGCACAGAAAUACCAGCGGAGGAGGAAGUACUGUCUAUGCGCUGUGUUCCACAGUGCGUGCCUGCUCCAGGAGCCGGGCGAGCCAAUACAGUUCGAGGUCAGCAUUGGUAACUAUGGUAACAAGCUGGACUCCACCUGCAAGCCUCUGUCGUCCACCACCCAGUACAGCUAUGCUGUGUUUGACGGUAAUCACUACUAUUACCUGCCCUGGGCUGACACUAAGCCUGUGGUGAUUCUCACAUCAUACUGGGAAGACAUCAGCCACCGUUUGCACUCCGUCAAUGUUCUCCUCUUCAUUGCUGACAGACUGGAGUCCAAUCUCACCUCUUUAAAAACUGCCGUCGUAGCCAAGGUAUCUGAGACACGCCUGGGGGAGAUUUGGCUCAAGCUCAUCAACAACCUGAUUGAGGACCUAAACAGUUUCCAGCUUCCAGAUCUGGAGGGCCAGCCCAAUGUGACUGCACUAGACCUUCAGAUGAAAAAGCUGCGUGAUGCUGCUGUGGAGGGUAUUAAACAGAUGGCAGGUAGCAUGAUAGAGGAGGCCACAGAUGUCAAGGCUACUGUCGGUGACAUUGAAGACUGGGUGGAAAGAAUCAGGCAGCUGGCCGACGAGCCUCAGAACAGCAUGCCAGAUGUGAUCAUCUGGAUGCUAAGAGGAGAGAAGCGGGUAGCUUUUGCUCGAGUCCCAGCAAACCAGAUCCUGUACUCUGACUUCAGCGAACAGGCUCGUGGCAGACACUGUGGACAGACCCAGACCAUCUUUAUGCAGUACCCCUUGGACAAAAACAAAGGUGUGAAGAUUCCUGUUCAGCUGCGGGUCAACAUGUGGCUCGGCCUCUCUGCCCAUGAGAAGAAGUUCAACAGCUUCUCAGAAGGAAACUUCAGUGUUUAUGCUGAAAUGUAUGAGAACCAGGCCCAAGUCUUUGGGAAGUGGGGAACUACCGGCCUGGUGGGUCGCCAUAAGUUCUCAGAUGUGACUGGAAAAGUGAAACUCAAACAAGAACGCUUUAUGCCACCACGCGGAUGGGAAUGGGAGAAGGACUGGUUUGUUGACCCCGCGCGAUGCUUGUUGACAGAAGCCGAUGCCGGCCACACAGAGUUCACAGAUGAAGUUUUUCAGAAUGAAACACGUUUCCCUGGUGGGGAGUGGAAGCCCGCAGCAGAGCCUUACACUGACGUGAAUGGAGAAAAAGUUCAAAGCCCAGGAGAGUUUGAUUGUCCGCCCGGGUGGACCUGGGACGAUGACUGGAGCUUUGAUAGCAACAGGGCUGUGGACGAGAGAGGCUGGGAAUACGGAGUUACAAUUCCUCCUGACGACAAGCCCAAGUCCUGGGUUGCAGCAGAAAAAAUGUACCAUGUCCAUCGCAGGAAGAGACUUGUAAGACCGCGGAAAAAGACAUCUGAGAAAAUGCCUGCUACUGAGAGGAGAGAACCAGGGGAAGGCUGGGAAUACUCGUCCCUGAUUGGCUGGAAGUUCCACAGGAAGGAGCGCUCCUCUGACACGUUCCGUCGCCGCCGCUGGAGAAGAAAAAUGGUCCCAUCAGACUGCAUUGGGGCCUCAGCCAUCUUCAGACUGGAAGGGGCAUUAGGGGUUGAUGUUGAUGAAAAGGCCAGUAAAACGGAUGCAGCCAAAGUAUUUGGUGCCAACACUCCUACAGUUUCCUGCCACUUUAGCCGGUCCUACUUAUACCAUCUGAGAGUGUAUGUGUAUCAGGCGAGGAGUCUCUGUGCCAUGGACAAAGACAGCUUCUCAGACCCAUACGCCCAUGUGUCAUUCCUACAUGUGAGUAAGACCACAGAAGUCAUAAGGUCCACCCUGAACCCCACUUGGGAUCAGACUCUCAUCUUCGAGGACAUCGAAAUCUACGGAGACCCACAGACUAUUGCACAAAACCCUCCUGAUGUUGUGUUGGAGCUGUACGACAGCGAUCAAGUGGGUAAAGAUGAGCCCAUGGGUCGCUGUACAUGCCCACCAAUAGUGAAACUGAACCCCAGUGUGGCUGUCAGCUCCAAGCUGCUUUGGUUCCCUGUCACUAAAAAAGGUCGCGGUGCUGGGGAGGUUCUGCUGGCUGCAGAGCUCAUACUAAAGGAUAAGGGGAAUGAUGGAGAUCUGCCUCUGGUGCCUCCUCGGCGAGGGGAGAAGCUCUACAUGGUCCCCCAGGGAAUCAGGCCUGUAGUGCAGCUCACUGCAAUAGAGGUCUUGACUUGGGGCUUGAGAAAUAUGAAGACCUACCAGUUGGCCACAGUUUGCUCCCCCAGUUUGAUAGUGGAAUGCGGUGGUGAAAUUGUUCAAACCGCUGUCAUCAAGAACUUCAAGAAGAACCCAAACUUCCCUGGAUCUGUGCUCACUCUCAAAGUGCUUCUUCCCAAAGAGGAGAUGUACACCCCUCCCAUUGUGCUGAAGGUGAUCGACCACCGACCAUUUGGUAGGAAACCUGUCGUGGGUCAGUGCACCAUCGACUGCUUGGAGGAGUUUCGCUGUGAUCCCUAUGGCAUUAACAAUGAAGUCUGCAUGUCUGCAAGAGUGGCAAUGAUAAACGCCUCUUAUGGAGAUGUUGUUUUAGACAUUGAGGAGAGACCCAUCAUGAAAACUGAGCUUCAAGCAGAUAAGGAGGAGGAAGCAGUCGACUGGUGGAGUAAGUUCUUUGCUUCGAUUGGAGAGCAAGAGAAGUGUGGGCCCUACCUGAAGAAGGGAUACGACAAACUUCAGGUAUAUAACUGUGAACUAGAGGAGAUUGCACAGUUCCAGGGACUCACUGAUUUCUGCAGCACUUUCAAACUCCAGCGAGGAAAGACUGAAGAAGAGGAAGAGGAUCCCUCAGUGGUGGGAGAGUUCAAGGGCUCAUUCAAGAUUUACCCGCUGUCCGAUGACCCAGGGGUGACAGCACCACCCCGCCAGUUCAAAGAGCUUCCUGAAAGUGUACCUCAGGAAUGCCUCGUCAGGAUUUAUGUUGUGCGAUGUAUCGACCUGCAGCCUAAGGAUACAAAUGGCUUGUGUGACCCCUAUAUCAAGAUUGCACUGGGGAGGAAAUCUCUAGACGACAGAGAUAACUACAAACCAAACACCCUUAACCCAGAGUUUGGGAGAAUGUUUGAGCUGUCGUGCUUCCUGCCUCAAGACAAGGACCUGAAGAUCGCCGUGUACGACUAUGACCUCCUGAGCAGAGAUGAGAAAGUGGGUGAGACCAUCAUAGAUUUGGAGAACAGGCUCCUGUCUCGUUUCCGUCCCUGCUGUGGCAUGCCGGAGACUUACUGUGUCUCAGGGAUCAAUCGGUGGAGAGACCAGCUGAAGCCCUCUCAGAUCCUCCAGAAUGUGGCGAGGGUGAGAGGCAUUACUCCUCCACGCAUAGAGGCGGAUGGAAGCUCGUUGACGCUUUCAGGAAAACAAUACAACCUGCAAGAUUUUGAAGCCAACACUGUAAUCCACGCCCACUUGGGCCCAGCCAGGGAGAGGCUGGCCCUUCAUGUCCUCAGAAACCAAGGCUUGGUACCAGAGCAUGUGGAGACUAGAACCCUGUGCAGCUCCCACCAACCCAAUCUGUCCCAGGGCCAAAUCCAGAUGUGGGUGGACAUUUUCCCAAAGAGCCUGGGUUUGCCCGGACCUCCAUGUGACAUUACCCCACGCAAGGCCAAGAAGUACUUUUUGAGAGCCAUCGUUUGGAACACAACGGAUGUCAUUCUGGAUGAAACAAGCAUCACAGGAGAAAACAUGAGUGACAUCUACGUUAAGGGAUGGAUGCCAGGUAUGGAGGAAGACAAACAGAAGACUGAUGUCCACUACAGAUCCUUGGAUGGAGAUGGAAAUUUCAACUGGAGGUUCAUCUUUGGGUUUGAGUACCUUCCUGCAGAACAGCUGAGCGUUGUUACCAGAAAAGAACACUUUUGGAACCUGGACAAAACUGAAUUUAGGAUUCCUCCUAAAUUAAUCAUCCAGAUAUGGGACAAUGACAAAUUCUCCCUGGAUGACUACUUAGGUUCAGUUGAGCUGGACCUUCUCAGUUUGAUCCCUCCUGCUAAGACCCCGGAAAAGUGCAGCCUAAAGAUGUUGCCAGGGAUGGGGGGCUCAGCCUCCUCCAAAAAGCCACAACCCAACUCCCUCUUCUCCCAGAAGUCUGUUCGAGGCUGGUGGCCAUGUGCGAUUGAGCAGGAUGGGAAGCGUGUGCUUGGCGGGAAGGUAGAGAUGACACUGGAGAUAGUGGAAGAGAGGGAGAUGCAGGAGAGACCUGCUGGGAAAGGCAGAGAUGAGCCAAACAUGAAUCCCAAACUGGACCAACCCAACCGACCUGACACAUCAUUCUUCUGGUUUACAAACCCAUGCAAGACCAUGAAGUUCAUAGUUUGGCGCAGGUUUAAAUGGAUUUUCAUCCUAGGGAUUCUCCUCCUGCUUGUUCUUCUGUUCCUUGGGAUCAUGUUCUACUCCCUACCAAACUACAUCUCAAUGAAGAUUGUGAAGCCUUUCUCCUAAGGGGCACGCUGUCUGCCUUCCUGCAAAAGAACCUAAAGUCUUGUUCACUGUCACCAUUCCCACAGAAAUAUGCAAUAACUUCUUCUACUGAUACCUUAGCAGAUUUAUAUUCUCCUUGCUUUUAUCACAUAAUCAGGAAUGUCAGCAUUAUUUUGCACUUUGAGUAAUUAUUUUAUGUCUUUUGUUGCAGAUGAUCUCCUUAUGUUAAAAUUCAUAUAUAAAACAAGAAUGCCAGGAAUGAGAUGUUUGAAUAAACUCUGUUGUAUUCGCAUUGUCAA